AUGGAUCAGGGUGUGCUUUGGUCUUUCAAAUGUUCGUUUCGGAAACAUUCACUGGAAUAUGUUUUGUCUUUGUUCCAAGAUGCUCAACCUAGCAUGAAAUCCGAAGUGGGCAUGCAUCUGGUCAAGAAAGCCUGGGUGUGUUUGCAUCCGUAUGUACUGAUCAACGCUUUUAUACAAGUUGGGUUCAAACCCACAUUGACUCAGCCGAUGAUGCAGUCAGCAGAGGAUAAAUGA